UUCGCCCUGCCCCUGUUUUCUAUGUCUGUGUCCAUCCAGUCGCUUGACGUUCAAGUUCGUAGGGACGUCACGUCCGCACUUGAACUUGCAGCUCAGGGGGGCUUUUGCCAUUUUUUUUCACCUCUCUCUCUUUCCCUCUCUCUCCUUUCUCUCUCUUCUUUUUUCCCCUCUCUCUCUCUCCCUCUCUUGCACAGAAAGGGGGGGAAAAAAAAGAAGAAGAAGAAAAAAAAAGAAAGCCAUGACUGCUAUCCCACAAUUCAUCUUCCCCGCGCCAUCUUUGUAUUAUUUCUAAUUUAUUUUGGAUGUCAAAAGACAUUGAUGAAGAUAUUUUCUCUGGAGUCUCUUGCCUUGCUCACCCGGCGCUUCCCGAUGUGAUCCGUGCAAGAGAGCUCGCUGCGCGCCCGCCCGAGCCGCCGACACCACCAUGUCUCGCCGCAAGCAAGGAAAACCCCAGCACUUAAGCAAACGGGAAUUUUCACCCGAACCUAUCGAAGCCAUUCUCACCGAUGACGAACCAGAUCAUGGUCCGUUGGGAGCGCCAGAAGGGGACCACGACCUCCUUACAUGUGGCCAGUGUCAGAUGAACUUCCCUUUGGGGGAUAUCCUUAUUUUUAUCGAGCACAAACGGAAGCAAUGCAAUGGCACUCUUUGCCUAGAGAAGGCUGUGGAUAAGCCCCCUUCGCCCUCGCCAAGCGAGCUGAGAAAAGCAUCCAAUCCUGUGGAGGUUGGCAUCCAGGUCACGCCCGAAGAUGAUGAUUGUUUGUCAACGUCAUCUAGAGGAAUUUGCCCUAAACAGGAACAUAUAGCAGGUAAAGAUGAACCCAGCAGCUACACGUGUACAACUUGUAAACAGCCAUUCAACAGCGCCUGGUUUCUCUUGCAACAUGCACAGAAUACUCAUGGAUUAAGAAUCUACUUAGAAAGUGAACAUGGAAGCCCCCUGACACCACGGGUUGGUAUCCCAUCAGGACUAGGUGCAGAAUGUCCUUCCCAGCCACCACUCCAUGGGAUUCAUAUUGCAGACAAUAAUCCCUUUAACCUACUCAGAAUACCCGGAUCAGUAGCAAGAGAAGCUUCGGGUCUUGGAGAAGGGCGUUUCCCCCCCACGCCGCCUUUGUUUAGUCCCCCUCCAAGACAUCACUUGGAUUCACAUCGCAUAGAACGCCUGGGUGCCGAAGAAAUGGCUCUUGCAACCCAUCACCCCAGUGCCUUCGACAGGGUGCUGCGACUCAAUCCCAUGGCCAUGGAGCCUCCAGCUAUGGAUUUCUCUAGGCGGCUUAGAGAGUUAGCGGGAAACACCUCUAGUCCGCCAUUGUCACCGAACCGGCCCAGUCCUAUGCAAAGGUUACUGCAACCAUUCCAGCCAGGCAGCAAGCCACCAUUUCUGGCAACGCCCCCUCUUCCUCCUCUUCAGUCUGCUCCUCCCCCGUCCCAACCUUCCAUCAAAUCCAAGUCCUGUGAAUUUUGUGGGAAAACCUUCAAGUUUCAGAGUAACUUAGUCGUUCACCGUAGGAGCCACACUGGAGAGAAACCGUACAAGUGCAACCUUUGCGACCACGCAUGCACUCAAGCAAGCAAGCUUAAGCGCCACAUGAAAACCCAUAUGCACAAAUCCUCCCCCAUGACGGUGAAGUCAGAUGACGGCCUCUCCACAGCCAGUUCCCCAGAGCCUGGAACCAGUGACCUGGUUGGCAGUGCAAGCAGUGCCCUCAAAUCUGUAGUGGCUAAAUUUAAGAGUGAGAAUGACUCCAAUAUGAUUCCAGAAAAUGGGGAUGAAGAAGAGGAGGAGGAGGAGGAGGAAGAAGAGGAGGAAGAGGAAGAAGAGGAGGAGGAUUUGACUGAAAAUGAAAGGCCAGACUAUGGGUUUGGCAUUAAUCUAGAAGCAGCUCGUCACCACGAAAACAACUCCCGGUCUGUUGAGGAGAACCGUUCCUUGCCAGAUGUCAUGCAGGGGAUGGUCCUAAGUUCCAUGCAGCACUUCAGCGAGGCCUUCCAUCAGGUCCUUGGAGAGAAACAUAAACGAGGGCACUUGUCCGAAUCUGAGGUGCAUAGAGACACUUGCGAUGAAGACUCAGUAGCUGGUGAAUCUGAUCGCAUCGAUGACGGUGCUAUUAACGGUCGGGGCUGUUCCCCUGGUGAAUCUGCCUCUGGAGGUUUGUCAAAAAAGCUGCUCUUGGGUAGUCCCAGCUCCCUAAGCCCUUUCUCCAAACGCAUCAAACUUGAAAAGGAGUUUGACCUCCCCGCAACGGCUAUGCCUAACACUGAAAAUGUUUACUCCCAGUGGCUAGCUGGGUACGCUGCCUCUAGACAGCUAAAAGAUCCAUUCCUCAGUUUCGGAGACUCCCGACAAUCGCCUUUUGCUUCCUCAUCAGAACACUCCUCCGAAAAUGGAAGUUUACGCUUCUCAACGCCUCCUGGGGAGAUGGAUGGAGGGAUAUCAGGCCGCAGCGGUACAGGAAGUGGAGGGAGCACCCCGCAUAUUAGUGGCCCGGGCCCUGGAAGGCCUAGUUCAAAAGAGGGCAGACGCAGCGACACUUGUGAGUACUGUGGGAAAGUCUUCAAGAACUGUAGUAACCUCACUGUCCACAGGAGGAGCCACACUGGGGAAAGGCCUUAUAAAUGUGAGCUGUGUAACUACGCCUGCGCCCAGAGUAGCAAACUCACCAGGCACAUGAAAACGCAUGGUCAGGUGGGGAAGGACGUUUACAAAUGUGAAAUUUGUAAGAUGCCUUUUAGCGUGUACAGUACCCUGGAAAAACACAUGAAAAAAUGGCACAGUGAUCGAGUCUUGAAUAAUGACAUAAAAACUGAAUAGAGGUAUAUUAACAUGUCCCCCUCUCCUCCCUUUCCCUAACUUUCACCCAGCCCCCAUGUAGAGAUUUUCUAGUCCCUUGUGAGUAAAAUAUUGGAAGCUAAGGAUGAUAAUAAGAAAGUGCUUGUCACCAGCACACCUGUUUUCGUUUCCCUUUUUCUUUUCGUUCCUUUCUUUUUGUUUUUACCAUUUGAAUGCAUGAUCUGUAUUGGGGCAAUACUACGCAAACUUUGAGCCUUUCUCUUGUGCAAUAAUUUACAUGUUGUGUAUGUUUAUUAAUUUUUUUAAAAAAUUAGACAGCAUGUAUGGUAUGUUAUGGCUGUUUUUAAAAAUUGUCCCCUGAUUCGUUGCUGAGCAAAGAAACAAAAAUAACAAGACAGACACACACUCAAAUUCAGACAGCCCCAUGGCUGUUUCAACUAUUGUUCUGGGGAGGAGGGGAAACUUUGAGAAAAUUUAAGGAAAACAAAACGACAACAAAAAUUUUUUUUUUUAACAGAACCAACCAUGCUGCAUACAUUCUGUAACACAUAUCAUGUACAGUUUUGUUUUGAAACGUAUAGAAGAAAAUUUAAUUUGAAUUAACACUCUAUGGACAGACAGAUAACACUGGAAAGGGAAAAAAGCCCUUGGUGUUACCUUGAUUUCUGUCUUUAAAAGGAUUUAACAUAUCAGUUGUUUUUUGGGAGGGAAAAGAACAAAAAAGGCCUUUAAUUGAAAAAUAAGGACAUGAACUAAAAGGUAAAUUUGUACUAUCAUUUGGUUUAAAACGGAAAUCUGAGUGCCUUGAAUCUAUUUAAGCCAUGUUGGUGGCAAACUCUACUUGUUCUAAACUUGUAGCUCAACUUCCGCACUGGGCAAUGUAAAGGAGUCCUUAGGACCCAGCCGAUAAUCUAUAUUGUAUUUCUCACAACAGUGGCUACCUAAAAAAAAAAAAAAUUAAGAAAACCCAAUAAGUCCUAGUUAAUCAUCAUUCGAUUCCCUUCCGCCCUUUUUGACUAAAAAGAUAAUGGUCAAGUAACUCAAACCGAUUCCAUUCCAGGAAGGAGUUGAAAGGAAAAAACAAAGAAAGCAGGACGUUCUUUGUGCCCCCCCCCCCAAUCCCCUCCCCCAUGCUGUGCCCCUUCCCACCAUUUUGGGGAAAAAAAUAAUUAUUAAAAAGUGUGAAGUGUGCAGACGGCCUUGAAAGGUGUUAAAAUACUUUAGGAAGAAAAUUUUCAUUAGGAAGAUUUUUAACAAUAUCUUUGAGUGACUAUGGCACACAAAGAAAAGAAAGAGAAAAGGAAUGAGAACAAUUCAGUCCAGAUUCACUUGGUUGUCAACUUGACAAUCAGCUUAGAAACUUGCAACCUUGCAUACCUUAUAUCUAUCUAUUGACCUCUCUAUAUAGGGAAAGACGUAUAAACAGUCUGGCAAUAAUAUUUUACCGAGUGUAACACAUAGCAAAAAAAAAAUAGUGACUUAUUAGCACAAUGUGGUACUGUUUGCCAUUUAAAACUAAGAACAGGUUAUAAGCUAAUAUUGAUAUGAUGAUGAUUAACUAUGAACUAUUAAGAUUUGCCUUGAAGUGUGACAUUCUGAAAAAAGAAAGAUAAUUUAAAAAGAGUAGCAGUAUGUGUCUGUGCUCCCUAAAAGUUGUACUUCAUUUUUUUUAAAAUAACAUGCUAUGUGCUAGUUGUGUUGACAUGGAAAAAGGAUUCAUUGUUUUUAUGAUUAAGCUAGCAUCUGCCCCGUUGGAUGUUCACAUAGCACUUGACUCUGCCUGUCGUGUCUGCAUCUUUUUCCUUUAAUCAGAGGUACACAGGUUGAGUAUAAAAAACUUUUAAGACUGCUCAGAUAGGACAAUUUAAAUGCACUGUACAAUUUUCCCAGUUUACAGGUCUAUACUUUUAAGGGAAAAAUUGCAAGAUUAAAUGAAAAAAAAAAUUAAAAAAUUGAGCAUGAUCUCACUGAUGAGCAUAUAAAAACUCUGCCAGCUUGCCGUUUUACUUGACUAAAGACUGGGACGCAACAUUACGGCGCUGUGAAAUGGGAACAGGUCCUACAAUGAUAUUAAAAAUAAUGAACGAUUGCUCUCACUCCUACAGUGCAAGGAUGUUUGGUUUUUUCUGUUUUGUUUCUUUUUGUACAAAACUUUUUAAGAUAUAAAUGUUAUGAAAUUUUUUAAAGAAAAAUACUUCAUUAUGUUUAGGGGAGGGGAAAAAACCCUUGUAUUUUAGGGUUGCUUGUCUUGGUAGUGUACAAGACCUGUUCUUCAUUGAAAAACCAGUAGUGGAAAAUCCUAUGCCUUGGAUAUACACACAACUCUUCAGGUUGUAACAUAAAAUGCAUCGGGGGAAAGGUUUAAGAAUAUAUAGUACUUAAUUAUAGGAAAAUGCACACUCCUGUUGGUUCCUAUGCUAAGCAGAAAAAAAAAAAAGAAAAACACAUUUAUGGUCUCUUUUUUCUGUAAUUUCUAGAAUGGUAUUUGAAUUUAAUGUUCACCUAGAGUAGGCACUAUAGUAUUUAUAAUGAAGCUUGUAUUUUUAACUGUUGCUUGUUUCUCUUUUAAAAAAGGUAUCAAUGUACCUUUUUUUUGGUAGUGGAAAAAACACACACAAACACAAACAGGCUGCCACGGUAUAUUUUUUUAAUUUGGCAGGAUAAUAUAGUGCAAAUUAUUUGUAUGUUUCAAAAAAAAUGAGAAAGAAAGUGUGACCUUGUACAGAUUAGAGGCCAUAUAAUGGCUGUUUUUUGGGGGGAAACAAACAAACAAUAAGACCUGUUUUGAAUGUCGCACUAAAUGAGCAUUGCAGAGGGUUGUACAUAUCAAGGUUCUUUUGGGGGUCCCUUUGUUUUCUGCUGCCAUAUUGUAUGCAGUACUGCAAGGUGAUGAUGUUGGUUUGUUCUGUAGUGUGCUCUUUGGUCCCUUUCUCUUCUUCUCUUAUCCCUUUACAUUCCAGCAUCUUAAAACUUCAUAUGCAGUUGAAAAAAAAAUGAAAAGAAAAAAUAAGAAAAAAAAUAGAACGAAAGGGGGGGAAAAUUAAAAGGUUCUGCAGGAUUUUUUUUCCAUUGCCAAAAAGAAAAAAUUAAAAUGGUGCUUUAUAUAUUUAGAUUGGAAAGGAUUUCAUAUGCAAAGCAUAUUAAAAAAAUAGAGAGCCCUGCUGGAGUCGAUACCUUUUUUUGUAUAUGGCAAUGCAAAAUAUUUUGUUAUUAUCGGCCUUUUCUAUUCCUGUAAUGAAAGCUGUUUGUCGUAACUUGAAAUUUUAUCUUUUACUAUGGAAGUCACUAUUUAUUAUUGCUUACGCCCUCUGUUCAGAACAGAGGCGUUGGAUUUGAGCUUUUAUUUUUCUUUUAUUUUUCUUUUUUAAUUUUUUUAUUAUUUAGAUGACCAAAGGUCAUUUGCAACCUGGCUCUUUUAUUGUAUUUUUUUUCCUAGUCUUUGUUAAUUUCUAUUGGGAAAACCACUGUCUAUGUUUUUUGGGGUAUUUUUUUUUUAAUUGGGCAGUUGUCUGCGUUAUCCUGUUCAUUCACCCAUUUUGUCCCUUAAUUGAAAAAAAAAAGAAUAAAAAUAAAAAAAAUUGCUUAAAGUACAUACCAUAAGCUUUGCGUGUCCUCAUUUGACACACUCUGUAAAUUUCCCUCAGCAAGAGAGAAGCAGCUUUUAAGAGAAGGCCAGUGGGUUUUCUUCAUGGGGGCAUUUUGAUGUAUAUAGCCUAAAGGCCCAGACAGCUCCCUAUUUAUAUCACAAUAAAAUGCUUUGCCCCGGGAAGAGUGUCUUUGGUCUUAUAUUGAGGGCAAAAUUUGUUUUGUUUUUUUCAACCGUGGGAACUUUUAUUUUCCAUCUGGAUGUUUCUCCCCCCAACCCCCUCAAGAAUGCAUUUAGCUAAAGUCUAAAAGGUGAACUGAUUGGUGAACUGAUUCAUAUUUGUCUGUGAAAGGGAUUCUUGCUCAGCCAUCCCUUUUGCACCACUACGCACAAUCACAGACAAGCUCCAAUCUGAAACAAUAUAUGCAACUCCCUCCCUGUGUGGCAGCCCUCCCCACAACACCCUCCCUUCCUCGCCCAUCUUAAUAUAUAGACAAAAAACCCAAUGUGACAGGUGAAUUGGAAAGGUCUGAUCUCUGCUAUGCCACCCAGUGUUGUAGCAAAAGCAGAAACUGCUCACAGGUGCACAUGCACGCACAUGGAGUUGUAUACCGGCGUGUGCAUUGCACGUCCUAGAUCAGACCCAAGUUGGCCCGACCACUCUUGACCACAGUUGUCUGGUUGGAAAGAAAUCAGGGGUGGGGGCUACUCUUCCUUUUAUGGAUAGGUUUUAUCAAAUGGAUAGGUUUUAUCAAAACGUUGUGUAUACAUUGUCUUUAAAUAUCUGGACUCUGGUUCUGAUUACAUAUAUAUAUAUAUAUAUAUUUUUCCUCCUGAGAGGUCUGUAUAUGUUGUCAAGUUUUACGAAUACUGCAUGUUGCAGCAUCUAUUUGCUUUAUUAAAAACACAUACCUCUGUGA